AUGGCGCGUUCGACCCCGCACGACUGGUCACUCGUGAGGGCUCCUGCCCCCCAAAGCCCGAGAAGGCUAGCGGAACCAGAGAGGACUUGGGGCAAAGUGAGCUCAACCAACUUCCCUCCUCCGAAACGCUCACCUUUCUCUUUGCACAGCGCCGAGUACAUUUGGAGUCAGCGGCAGAAACAGAUCGUCGAUAGAGAGUUCAUCCACGCAUUCGACAACCUCACCCUUUCUGCGACCGGAACGCCAAAGAUGUCUGACCUCUCAGGCGCCCUUGAAACGCUCGGAACGGAGACCUGGAUGGAUAUCCUUGAUUUCAUCGAUUCACCUCAAGACUUGCUCUCCCUUUGCCGCACCAGCAAAUUCUUCUACACUAUGUGCAUCGGACGGCUCUACAGGACGCUCCGUAUCCGCUCACCAUUCUAUACCGGAGAUCUGGCCUGCAUAUUCCCCAAUGAGUUUGACGGGGACAUGAUUCCGUUCAACUUACUACUAAAACCUUCCCUAUUCACCACUGGCACACAGAUUCCAUCAAAAUUUCCGAGUAAAGACCAACUUGUGCAGUACAUCUGGCAUCUCGACAUUCCACUUUGGAAUGCGAAAUUGUCAAUGACGUCUCCACCGCUACCAGAGCCACGGCCUUAUCUAAGUCCGAAUUUGGUUCAGUAUGACCUCCGGAGAUGCUUCCUUCAGAUUGGUGGGAUCAUCACCAUAGCUAUUGAUAGAGUUUCCGGUCGUGGUAAAAUUUCGAUCGACCCAUAUUUGGCGCGCCUUCUUACGUCAAUGUGCAAUCUUCGAAGUUUCUCCUGGUGCCCACUUCCACGACCUACCACCAAGGUGAUCCCGCCCGUCUUGAGGUUGGACGAUAUUCUCGACCGAGGCUGGAUCAACCCACAUAAUAGAGCUUUCCUCACCGCAGAUGUCUGGAAGGAGCUCAAGAAGAUGCCACGACUGCAGACUUUGACGGUCGAUUUCGAGCACUCCGACCCUUUGCUCUACGAACGAAUGAGUCCCGCGCUGCCUAGGCUCACAAACUACGUUCCAGCAGUAGAUGGGCUUGUCGGCUUCAAGAACUUGGUGUCCCUCGACCUGCGUGGUGUCGGAUGUGGAAGAACUAGCGACCUCCGGUUUCCCGAGAUUGCGGUGGUCAUCGCAGACUGUAUUGAAUCCGGAACCCUGCGGAACUUCAGUCUCGGCCUGGAGCUCUGGUGGUACUGGCUGAUCGAAAAAUACCUAAUCGACGAGGAAAAGGACUUAUGGGAUUGGAUUGAGGAUCUAUGGGCCAGGUGCUUCGGACUCGCACAGAGGAGGAGGGAAAGGAUUGAAUACAAUAUCCCGCCGGCAUUGACGAUCAAUGUGAACAUUGAUUUCAUCAGGACUUCCUGGCAGUUCAGAACCAUCGACAACUACAUCUUGAGGCCAGAGAUGUUGGUGCAGAUGUUUAUACACAGUGGACACAUCCUCGGGAAGAGCUCCUCGCUUCUGAGGAAACUCGGUCAGAAGCAGCUUCCGAAUCUGCGGGUUUUGUUCUUGAAAACCUUUCUGAUCAAUGCCUUCCCCAUCAUCGCGGCUACCACUGGACUGCGGGAGUUGUACAUCCUGAACCCAGGCUCAAACAACCGGAUCCGGGCUGCGGCUUGUGGAACCAUUAAACAGCGAAUUUUUGCGUUUGAGGAAUCGCAGAGACAGCCUGUGCAACGAAAUCCGAUGAACCGCAUGAUGGAAGUCUUGGUGAAAAACCAUCUCAGGACUCUAGAAGUUCUCGUCAUCGAUGAACUUAUACCAACGCCGUCUCGUGAAGGCGGCCUGAAGACUAUGAGCUCACUUGCACAAUGGAAAUUCAGGAGCUCCAACAUCAAGGAGCUAGGGCUUUGGCUGAUGGGGCCAUGGGAACGUAUUGAGAUGUUCGUCGCUUGCUUCCCCUCGUUGAAGUGCCUGCAUCUUUUCAACCCCCAGGACACUUGCGGCAAUCAUUGGAUUCCGUGGGUUCCUAAGGACGGGCAAGUGUCCAAGCUCGACUCAUUUCUGCACACUCCGUACUAUUGCAACGCAUCGUCCAUGGCCUACAUAGUCGCCCGUGCUUGGGCGAGGGAGAUAAUUUCUGGCAAGCAAGCAAUCGGCAAACCUCGACAGUCCGAGGCCACUCGUUGGAUCGGAAUUGGGCCCUGGUACAUCCAAGAUGACGUUGAUUGGAAGUGGGAAUGGGAUGAGAAUAUGGCCCUCAUGUACAUUACACAAUGGACGCGUCCAAAAUUCUGUGGGACUAUGCCAGGACAACCUAAAGUGGACAAAACGAGCCAUAAAUGGCUUGAGGACUCGAAGAUGUGGAGGCUACUACAGGAUUACAUUCCUCCCAAGCCGUAG